AUGGCAGAUAUCCCAGCCAAGCUAUCGAAACCCCAGAUGAGGCGUUUACUUCAAAGCCAAAUCAAAACCAAUUUAUUCGUUGCUAUUGGUCUAGGGAUAGUGACUGGAGUCGCUGUGAAAUAUUUGGUGUGUGAACCAAGGAAACAAAGAUACGCUGCAUUUUACAGGAAUUAUAAUCCUGAAACUGCAUUCUAUGACAUGGUGAAAGCAGGUGCAGAUUUCCAGAGCUAUGAGGGAUAG